AAGCGGGAGACGUUGGCCUACGCUGUCCUGCACAUCCGGAGUUUGCAGCUGAAGCAGCUCGGAGUCAUAAUCGGAAUCUUGGUCAUCAUGCAAAUGGAUAUUCAGUUUCGGAUCCGAAGCAUUAUAUCCCAUCCCUUCCUCUCUCGAAACCAAAGAUCAUCGUCAUCUUGCUCGCCUUACAAAAGUUUCUGUUCCAGAAGGGAUUUUCAAGAAUCUAAAGAAAACGGCGAUGAUAAUGAUAACGGAGACAAAUUUUCAAGAGACUGGGACAGGGCAUGGUCAAACUUCAGGAAGCAAGGGAGAAAAUCACUCUUCUCCCAGUUUUCUCCAGACAAGUACGUGAGCUGGAAUCCAAGGCGAUCAGAGUUCCCAAUCUCUGAGGAGACUGAUCCGAUCAAAAGAACAGAGAGAUCAAACCUCAUGUUGUGGACUAGUCCUGGCUUCACUUUAGUGGGGGCUAUUUUAAUUGUUUCAUUCCUUUUGUUAUAUACCAUUCUUGCACCAAUCAAGUGAUAUCCUUGCUCUAUAUCUCAGAAGUAAACCAUGGCUUCACUGAAACUGUGAAUUGCCUAUCAAUGUGGUUGCUAAUCUCUUACUCUUUGUCAUGUUGAUUCAUCCACCGGCAACAAAUAUUAUCCUCAGAAUUCUUGUUA